AUGAAUAAAGCUGGCCGCGUCUCAGAGCUUUCGGAUGAUUUGAAUCGGGAGGAGUGUGAACGCCGUUGCUCUCCCCUCCUACACCCUCCCCUCCCGCCUCCCCCCUCUCCCCCCACUCCCCCCACCCCCGGUUACACAGACUGGACCGGCACCGGUGUCAUUGGAUGGAGAGAGGCGCCUGAAGAAGGGAGAGCGGUGGAGUUGCUCUACCCCCCACCCUCUCCUCCUCUUUCUUCCCUAUACUGCACCAAAAGAAAAGUCCGGGCUGGCUGCAUCACCAUGUCCUCGGCUCAAAGUGGGGAUAUACCAGGAUACCAUCUGAGUGUGGUGCGUAACCCGCCCGGCUGGGAGGUUGGGAUCUACCUGGUUGGCUUCUUUGUCCUGCUCGGCGUGGCCGGGCUCAACAUCUGGAAGUUGUGGAAAUCUGGAACCUUCCCUGCACCGUCCCCCUUCCCCAACUUUGACUAUCGAUAUCUUCAAGAAAAAUAUGGAAACUCCUUCUCAGAAGUCAGACAAAAGCGAGUGGCUGCCAACAACCACCGGCGGACCUCCACCACAUCCAGCCGCAAACCCAGCCUGGCUCUGGGCGACACCCCAGACGGUUUCAGGGACCUGGGUCACCUGGAGCUGAUGAGCAGGGAGCUGGAUCCGACCGGCAUGGCCCAGAUCAACCGGUCCAUGUCCACCGACUCACUCAGCUCCAUCUCCUCCAUCGCCAACAACUUUGGCCAUGACGUCACGGUCGGCCAGCUGGAGGUGACGCUCGAGUUUGAGCCGUCCAGGCAGCCGGGCCAGGGGACGGGACUGCUCCACAUCUCUCUGCACCAGGGCAAAGACCUGCUGGAGAGGGAGGAGGGGGACUUCCCCGGCUGCUUCAUCAGAGUCUCCCUGGGGCCAGAGGAGCUCAAUGUGGGAGUCACAAGGGUCCAAACGAACGCAUUCACCGUGAUCUUUGAUGAGCGCUACUCCAUCCCCGUGGACCUGUCCAUGCUGGAGGAGUACAACCUGCGUUUCGCCGCUUUUGGUAUUGAUGCCGAUGAGAGAAACAUCAGCGCCGGUGUCGCAGAUCUCAAGCUGUCAGACCUGGACCUGACCAUCAGAGCGUUCAACGCCUGGCUCUACCUUCAGGACGUCAAUAAGGCUGUGGAUGCAGUCGGCGAGAUCCUGUUGUCUCUGAGUUAUUUGCCGACUGCAGAGCGCCUCACGGUGGUGGUGGCGAAGUGUAAGAGCCUGGUGUGGACCAAUAGCAAGAACACUGCAGAUCCGUUCGUCAAAGUUUAUCUCCUGCAAGACGGGAGGAAGAUCAGCAAGAAGAAGACGUCCACUAAAAGAGACGACACAAACCCCAUCUUCAACGAGGCCAUGAUCUUCUCUGUGCCGUCCAUAGUUCUGCAGGAGCUCUCCCUGAGGGUGACGGUAGCCGAGGCAACAGACGACGGCCGGGGUGAGAACCUGGGUCAUGUUAUCAUUGGGCCCGAGGCCAGCGGCAUGGGGAUCACCCACUGGAACCAGAUGCUCGCCACUCUGAGGAAACCUGUGUCUAUGUGGCACCCUCUGCGCAGGAUCUAGUCCUCUCCAACCGUAUACACAUAUGACCUGAGUCAAGUAAAACGAUCCCCUCUUCACCUAACUUUCAGCUCUGCUCCUUCUGUGGUGCCACGCUCUGAUCUCAUCGUAGACAAGUUAGAGUUUAGGGCUCACAGGACGAAUCCUUUUUGUGUUCUGACAGUGAGAUGCAAAAUAAAGUAAACCUCUAUCUUCAUGUACGGAGAGG